AUGAGGUGGGGACGACGGUGGGUCCCUGAGACCGCCGUGGAGGAGUUUGACCAGGCAGUCGAUGCUGCCAGUCAGACAUUCAAGUCAUGGAGUAAGCAAAGCGUUCUCGCUCGCCAACGUUUUGCCGUAGAACUUCAGUGUCAAAUCUGUCAGAAUGUAGACGCACUUGCACACAGCAUCGUUCUCGAGCAACCCUUGCCGAUGCUCACAGCGAUGUCCUCCGCGCCAGUCUUCAAGUCGUCGAACUUUGAGGCCAUCAAGACGCGUCUGAAUGGCAAAGCUGCCUGCAUCCCAGGAGACUCUGAGGGUUUGGAGAAGGAGUGCAAAGAUUGGAUGGUGGGUUGGCAGGCGCUAUUGGUGAGAAAGAAGUCAGCAAAGACGUGGAAAUUGAAGUUCGAAAGCUCUCUUGGCAUUUGUGCGAGCAUUGCGCCUUUCAACUUCCCGGCGCAAGCUCUUUUUUCCCCAUGCGUCCCUGGCUUACCCCUUACAUCCCUAUUCAGCGUGACUCCCCAUUGGACAAUUCCCUACUAA